CUUCAAACACGUACGUCUUUGACACGUUGAACCGUGGCCAUCACAAUGAUGAGCGGCCACCACAAGCUUUUCUCACACCACAAGCCAAGCAGAAGCAUCGAGAACCGGUCGUAUCAGUCGAAGGCAGCAGGAACAAUUGACCAUCCAUAGCAAUCCAUCCAUCCGCUUGUAUUGAUUAUUUGUCGGCACUUUAAGUGCAAUUUAUCAAAGAUGGCCAAAGGAAAGAGUGACAAAUCGAGGCAUCCAUCGAGGCAAAAGCCUCCGCCUCUGGAUCAGUACAUCAAACCAGCCGUAGCUCUGGGUGUCGCUCUUUUGGCGUAUCAAUUCUUCAAGGGCCUCAACUCAGAAAUUCUACGAGUAGACGUCACGGAUGAAAUGCAACUGAGAGAAGUACUGCUGGGCGAACUUGGAAGUGGAAAGAACUAUGCUUCGUUGUGCCAUGACGAGACUUCCAAUAUCCCCGUCUCUUCUGUCUUCCAAGACGCCCACAACGAUGGAAGCGCCCCAGCAGACUUUCGUCUCGUGGAUUGCAACUACGUCCUUCCAACCUCUGAAAAAACAAUUGCUGAUCGAUUCAAGUUGAAACUCAAAGAUAGGCCUACAAUCUUUGUUUCGGGAGCCGUUGGAGAGCCGCGACAGGUUCCCGUGAAGCACUUGAAAACUGGGAAACAACUUGUCAAAGCACUGCGCUCACUUCUAGAACCCAAAGCUGCAAAGAUUGAAACAACACAAGACCUGCGUGCAAAAUGUCUCGAAAAGGACGUGUGUGGUCUACUCUUGAAGGGUGGUAAAAUAGCCCCCAACUGGCUCAAAGAUGCCAUGGGCAAAUUGGUCAAGGAGUUUCCAAAAAUCAGCUUGACUGCGAUUGAUUCCAGUGUUCUCUAUGUCAAAAACUUGGAGGAUCAACUGGAGGAAUACGACGAAAGUACAAAACAACCUCGAUUUGUAGUCUUCAAAAAGGUCAGUGGAUCAACGGAGACAGGAAAGGACCGUCUCAUCACCAGCAUCGUCCCGUUGGAAGGAUCCGUGUCCUAUGGAACUCUCUCGAACACACUUGCAAGUGUAGCUGGUGGAAGUGCAACGCCCAAAAAGCUAUCUUCUCUCCCAUUAGUGAAAACUAGGACAAAGAAACUAGUCCAAGAAGAAAGGAUCAAACGACAACGCAAACAGGAUCAACAAAAGCGACAAGAUUCUGGAGGUUCCAGCACACCUGGCGGCCAAUUUCACGCCAAUGACGGGAGCAAGGAGGGACGGAAAGCAGAACGUGAACGAAGGAGGGCUGAACAUCGAGCACAAAACCCUGACUACAAGCCGAAGACACCGGAAGAGCUCAAAGAAAUUGAACGCCAGCGAAGAAUUAGAAUGGAAGAAAUGGCAAAGGAGUGGAACAUGGAGGGCGAAGACCUACCUCCAGAAGGCGAUCCUAUGCUGGACGAGGACGAUUUUGACUUGGAGGAAGGAGAAACGAUGGAAUAUGAGGCGGACGAAGAUGACGGCGACGACGAGGAAGGUGACGACGUCAUGGAUUUAGAUUAGAUUCCUAAUCGAAUCGGAUUACAUCACUACACAACAAGCUUGGUUCUCAUCAAUCUACUAGUAAUGUCAAGACACUUGCUGGUGUCCAUGGACCAAAUGAAAAAGAUGCCGUAAAUCUGCAUAGUUCGGGGCUUCAGAGGAAACGCUGCCAACUUCCUUGGUACAAGUUUAGGCAUUCAAUUCAUAGUCGGGCCAUCCAUCUUAACUUUGCAGACAAGUAGCUUAUAAUGACCUUAUCUCAGCUACAACACACAUACUAGUAUUGUGUUUCCUGACGGGUCCUCACAGCGAAGUCACAAUCCUUUCGUCCUAGUCUCAUCCACCACAAUCAUUCGGUAACAUCCGAUUUAACAAAUCGAUCGAUCCAUUCAACACCACUCUUGUCGGCCAAGCUUGGAUUAUUCUCCCUUUCCAAGACACGCAAACUGCACCAUUUUGCCUACUUUCCUUGGAGCGGAGAGAGAUCAACAUCCUCCGAUUCAUCGUAGAAGUACUGGUUGGGGAUGGGAAUGACGUAACGUGCGGGAACACGUCGAUGGGGAGUGCGACCUUGCUGGUCUUCGUCAUCUUCAAACUUGACGAUGAUUUCCUUCACAACGGGAGAACUCGACCUAUCAAGCUUCCAGACAGGGUCUUUGCUAACUUUGGCUCGGUAGAACGAUGUCGUUUCUGGGAAGAUGGCCAUGCAAUCUGUUCCCUUCGAGAAGCACCCUUCCACGCCAGUUGAGAGGCGCAUGACAUGAGACCAUGGCAAGCGGAUCAGCUUGCUGGUGUCAUCUUCAUCCUGCACAUCGUAGGUGUCCUGCUCCGAAUAAAACCUUUGGACACUAGCAAGAAUCCAGCUGCCAUUUUCAUCGGUCCUUGUGACCUUGGCAGCGACCUAAGGCAACAAAUCAUUGAUGUCAGAAUAAGAGCC